UCGCUGUAGCUUAGAAACAAAUCGGGAGUGAGAAAGUGGUGUGCCAUUUUGUUUGAAAGUCAAAAUUGUCACGAAAACGUCCUUGGAAUCGCAUCGCUAGCGAAACGUCCCUGCGUCCCCAAAUCGUUUUUCCUGUGCGAAGAUUGUUGAAAAAGAGUUUUCCACGGAAAGAAACGUCGAAGUGUGCCUAGUUUACUACUUUUGUUCGUUGCACACUGUUUUGCUUUGUCUCGCUCGUGUAGCACCCACGGGGAAUGGUUUUCCUCGCUACAGUUAAUCGGCAAUUUCCAUCGGUGGUGGGUCAGCAGCCGCAACAGUAGCAACAACAAUAGCAGCACCCGCAGCGUAUCCACCCCUCCUUGUUGAUACGUGGUGCACGUAGCGAUGGAGAAAGUGAAAAGUGCUGAACGAGUAGCCAUUAUCAAAAGUCGUCCCAGCGGUGAGCAGAAGGUUGCAAAUGGUGGUUCACUGACGGUUUCGACCAGCGACAACAUGCCCCUCCGAUUGCGACCAUCGUCGCAGCAGCUCUUUCACCAGCACGGACCGUCACCGGGUGGCCAGUCGGCGAGGCCACUGCCAAUGGAUCGCGUGGAAACUGGCGACAGGCAAAGGAGGAACAACGACGACGACGACAGUGGAGCCGACGACGAGGAGCAGGAAAAUCAAUACUUUUACGAGGAUGAAAUUGUUUGCCUCACCCCCAAAAAUGGUCACGUCAAGUUCGGCCUGGUGCUGGACAACUACGACGACAGCGACGAGGAAACGCCGGACGAGGAGGCACCGAAGCGCGGCGAAAUUCGUGCCUGCUGGCAUCCGGACGGUCGGGAGGAGAUUAUCAAACAACGAAAGGUCGGCCUGGCUGACAGGACACUGAUGCCGGGUGACGUUGUGCGUCGGUUGGUCCCGGGACGGGACACUCAGCGCGGCUACUGCCAUGAGAUAUUCGUUCGGGCGGAUCUAAGAAUCGUUGGCACAAAGUACGUCGUCCGCAACGUAUCCUCCGAACGACUGCGGCCACUGCUUUCCAUGCCGAAGGACAGUGCGGUGUGUUUGGACUCCUGGGUUGGCAGCACCAAGCAGAUAAAUGAAAAACUAGUCCUAAGAUCAUCGUGUGGUUCUCUGGUGGAGGUGUGUCCAGCGAGUGAUCUUGGAAUGUUUCGCGAUCACAGUAUGCGUUUUCGGCGAGGAUUCUUCUCCGAGACACUGUUCUAUCCCGGCCAGCAACUUACCGGUUUGCUGAGCGAGUUGAACGUCAAUGGCAAGUGGUUGACGACGUCCAACGAGAUGAAGCUGAGCCGUAAGAACUACAUGCAGGAGCGCAAGUUCACCGUGCAGUCGGUGGAGCUGCAGGGCGUCACCGUACACUGGCAGUGCAAGGUUUCGAGCGAGGAUCUCGAGCAGAAGCUGAUCGAGGGCGUAGCUGGUGGCAUCCCGCAACCGCCCGAGUUUGUCAUGGGCGAGGACUUGAAACGGCUCAAGAAGCUGAAUAUGUUUGAGUCGUGUAUGCUGCAGAUCAACGAUAAGAACUACCUUAAGCUGGAAGAAGCAGACGUGAUCUGCACGAAGAGUGCCUGGAAGAAGCAAAUGGCCAACCAGUAUCGAGAGAUGCUGCUGGUAAAGCACACCAGGUCGGUGAAACCGGCACCGCCGGAAGAAGGGAAACGGACCAGAGGGAAAGGAUUGGCGGCAAAGGAUUCGGGAGGAAAACUGUCUGUACGGACAGCGGGUAAAUUGGCCGAACGAAAAGCUCAUGCCGGUCUCGCAAAGGAAAGCAGUGAUGAUGGAUGGGAAACGGACGAAGAGGGGGAGCUAUCCGACGGUGCUGCUUCGUCCUGUUCGGCUACAUCGAGAACGUCCAAAAGUCCCCGCAAGUCCCCGCUACUGGCAAAGCGCGUCCGUAAGCUAAGCCGACGACAUCUGGCUGGUGGCACCGAUCGGUUUCCGUCCGCCGGUGAUGAGGUGGUGACGGAGGCACUGGUCGUCUAUAGUACGGCCACGGUCGUGUGGCAGGAUGGGACGAUCGAGCAAAACAUUCCUUCCACUGAGCUGCGUCCCAUCCAUCAUCUGGACGAUCAUGAGUUCUUCCCGGGUGACUUUGUACUGACGGGCAACGUGGCCCGUGUAUCCUGCCGGGACUACGGUGUUAUACAGAACGUAGAUCACCACGGGCGGACGGCGCGGGUGAAGUGGUUCACGACGUACACUAGCACUGCCCAGCCAGAACCGACGUACAAUGGCGAGUCGGAGGUGAGCGUGUACGAUCUGAAGGAUCAUCCCGACUUCCAGUAUCGCCCCGGUACGAUCGUCAUCCGGGUGGCGAAUUUUGUUGGUGCGGAGGGUAACUCGACGGCGGGCCAGGUGCUCGAUAACUACCCGAACGGUCAGGUGAAGGUGUGGUGGGUGGACGGCUUUGUGAGUAUGUGCUGGCCGCAGGAUAUUUUUGAGGUCGGUACAUACGACUCGGAAAACAAUUUCUGGGGCAGCGUGGUAGAUUCGGACGGCGAUGGCGAUUCGUGGGAAACGGAGGCUGAAUCGUGCCAUUACGGUGACGCCGACGAAGCAGCAUCUCAAACCGGGGUGGUUCUCAAACCGCAGCUGACUGCCAAUCUCGAGCGGGCUCGGGUGGCCAUCGCGCGACUGGAGGAGCUGUUCAACAUUAACCCGCACCUGCAGAGUCAAGAAACGAUGAAGAAGCUCAUGAUGGUGUACAAAAAGUGCCGUUUGCUGGACCGCCUACUGAACACGAGCUUCUUCCACGAGCGACACUUCAUGGGGCUGGUCGAGCGGGUGCGCAAAUCAAACAGUCAAACUACGGCCGAACGGGUGCAAGAUCAGAAGAACCGGUUGUUUAACGACACUACCAACACAAGCACGCCGUCCAAUUCUAAGCUUCCCACGCCAACGGCUGACGGACCGAAAUUGGAAUAUAUGGUACAUAUGACGGCGCUGUUCGGGCCAUUAAAAACACCCUCCGUCAGCUCUCCUACAAGCUCCGAAAAAGCCUUGCCCGAGGAGGACAACGAAACGAGCAAGGCGAACUACAACGUGGGGAUCGCCAGCUUAGAGCUGGACCGGGCCAAUACCGUUUGCAUGAAGAUGAACGAUGAUGCGGAGGUCGAUCUGAACAAUACCAGCUCCGUGUUCGACCUCGCCACCGGUGACUCCGAGGUGGACAAACAGCAGGACCCGGAGGAGGAGGGCGAGAAGGAGUGCGUUUCGGCGCGGCUUUGUUCGCUCAUCAAGGGUCAGCUGAUAAAGGUGCUGGAAGAGAUCAAUGAGCGAUACGGACUCGAGGAUCCGUUCAAGGGAUUGAACGUAUCCGACGAGGAGUUGCAUACGCCAACGCUAGCCUCGCUGCCGCCUUCGUGGGCACCGUCACCGGCCGGAACGCCUGAUGUCGCCCCGGUUGAUGGCGGUCCGGAUCCUAUGGCUACCAGCUCCCCGACGGUCGAGCCGCUAGGUAUCGCCCCAGAGUGCUUUCAAAUUAUCGAGUCUGCACCGACCUCGCACAAGUACCAUCUUACGCUGUAUCAAACGAAUAACGCACAAAGCUUCUACAAGGCGGUCCAACGGGAGCACUGGUUGUUACGGACCGGGCUGCCACCGGGCGUAUGGGUACGCACGUUCGAGGAUCGACUAGAUCUACUGAGCGUGAUGAUAGAGGGACCCAAAAAAACGCCCUACGAAGAUGGCCUCUUCCUGUUCGACAUACAGCUCGGGCAGGACUAUCCAAGGGCAGCCCCCUUAUGCCACUACAUCAGCUACUGCACGGAUCGGUUGAACCCGAACUUGUACGAGGACGGUAAGGUGUGCGUGUCGCUGCUGGGCACGUGGUCGGGUCGUGGCACGGAAGUGUGGGGCCCCACGAGCACGUUGUUGCAGGUCAUUGUUUCCAUACAAGGACUUAUUUUGGUGGCCGAACCGUAUUUCAACGAAGCCGGCUAUGAGAAAUUAAGAGGUUCGCAACAGGGCAAGGAGAAUUCACGUAUGUACAACGAAAUGGUGCUCCUAAAGCUGGUCCAGUCGAUGACCAAGUUAAUCUCAAAUCCACCGGAGGUAUUCCGCGAGCAAAUAUUAGCCCACUUCCGCACACGCGGUCAGCAGAUGUACCAGCGUCUCCGGGCAUGGAUGGAACUGUCGUGUGAUGUUAACCGACGUGCCUCGCUUGCGGAGCAACAGCAAGCCGAAGCUGUUGCAUCCAUUUCUCAGCCCCAGUCCAACGCAACAUGCACCUUGGCGGAGUCCAACGAUGGAAACCGGCCAAGACCGGUGAUAGAUGGCAGUGCUGUGGAUAAUGUUCCUCCUCCGGAGUUUCUGCUCAUACCGGCAAGUCGUGGCUUUUGCCUUACCCUAACCGGGCUGUUGGAUGCGUUCCAAAAGCAACUGCUACAGCAGGGCCCUUCGACACCGGCCAGCAAAUAACAACCGUGUUAUGCUACCUGUUGUUGCUACGUCGCAACUCAUCACCAAUUUCCGAUUUUACUCGCCGCCAGGUUGGUGAUGUCACUAGCUGGUGUGCGUAUUUUCAUGUUUUCGCCUCUUUUCUCUAGCGUUCUCUGAACGGAAUACAUGUUGCUCCAACGAGGGCUGUUUGAGCUGUAUGUUGCUCCAAUAUAAUAUUUUUAUUUGGUCUGCACUGAACAAGUUUUACUCUUUGUGCAGCGAUGGACAACUUUCGAUGAUAUGCGGAACAUAUCCGUUGUAUAACAAACAUUCGCGAGUGAAGUUUUGCGCCAGAAUGUGUGUCGUGAAGGCGUUCUUUUGUUCGCUUGCGCUUGUUUCCAAAAACGAACCACAACAGGAGCGUUCAUCCGUUUUCAAUUUGGUUGCCUGUUUGUUGAUUUGUAAAUCUUCCGCAGCAACGAUUGAAACACUUUCAAUAAACGUUUAGUUCCUUUACUUAUACAUAUCAUCAUGCUUUUUGCAUACGUUUAGCUAAGUAGAAAUGUUAUUUAUUCAAGCUUUUUUUUAAAGUUUAGUAAGCUUCGGUGUUGAGUAUUAUUUACUUCUCAAUCUGUAUUAUUUACGCACCAUGAUUAUCGUGUAAGUUGUCAUAUUACUCGCAAUGCUUUGUCCGUUUAUGUUAUGUGAGCGUUUUUGUUAUCGAUGUCUGGAAGAAGAUGUCUCUUCAAAGGGCACACGAAAAAGCACAUUCAAUAUUUAUGCAGAGUGAACGUUCCACUGUUCCUAAUCCUAAUGCUAAUGGGAGCUGCAUCGCAAUACCUUAGUUGUCCGCGUUACCCAUCCGUUGUCCUUGCGUAGGAUCCAACGGGAAGGGAAUGAUUAGAAGAAUGUUUAAACACGAAAUCUCGUAUAAAAGCUGUGCCUACAAUUAAAUCAAUUAAUGAAAACUUACUACAUUUACCAAGAGCCGAAAAAUAUUCGCCGAGUUCGCUCCAUUCCGUGGAAAGGUCGCGGAGCGAAAACGUUGAGCGUAACGCCCAAAUGCGUUGUUGGCAUUUGUGUGAAAUCGAAGGAAGGAGCUUCGAAAAGAAACUACCAAAUGAGUAAACGAAAUCAAAACCAAAUUCUCUUACCAAACGAGUAAUACUAGCAAAGAACAAUAAUUUAGAACAUAUAAUACUAACACUUCUUGCAUCGCACUCGCGGUCGCCCAAACACACAUAUGAAGAUACUAAUGGUUCGCGCACGAACUGAUGGCGGAAAACUGUUUUAGAAACGUACGCUAGAGAUAAACGCAACAACGCAACUGAAAGCCCCCGAGACUGGUGGGGAUGCCUGCAAAUGCAUUUGCUUUAAAAAAGUUCUUAAACCACAACAACAACGUAGUAUAAUAGUGGAGGGAAAAACUAAUCGCUAGGACUUCUGCUCAUGAAAGUUCGUUCGUUCGUUCGUUUAGUUCACUAGCUCCGUUAGGUUAGUGAAUUUAAGAGAAGAACGCAAGGUAUGAACAACAAUGCUCCAACCGUGCAUCCAUCCUAUCCGACAAAAUUCGCACAGCUUUUGGCAAAAAAAAAAAUUAAAAAAAGUAAAAAUGUGAGAAUACUUAUAAUACCACAAAUCCGAGCCCUUUUUAGACGGAA